AUGGCCUACACUACCAGACAAAUUGGUGCUAAGAACACCUUAGACUACAAAGUUUACAUCGAAGAAGAUGGUAAGCCAAUCUCUCCAUUCCAUGAUAUCCCACUAUAUGCCGACAAAGAAAACAACAUUUUUAACAUGGUUGUUGAAAUCCCACGUUGGUCUAACGCUAAAUUAGAAAUCACCAAAGAAGAAACUUUGAACCCAAUCAUUCAAGACACUAAGAAGGGUAAGUUGAGAUUUGUCAGAAACUGUUUCCCACACCACGGUUACAUUCACAACUAUGGUGCUUUCCCACAAACUUGGGAAGAUCCAAAUGAAACCCACGCUGAAACUAAGGCUGUUGGUGACAACGAUCCAAUUGACGUCUUGGAAAUCGGUGAAACUAUCGCUUAUACUGGUGAAAUUAAACAAGUUAAAGUCUUAGGUAUCAUGGCUUUGUUAGAUGAAGGUGAAACUGACUGGAAAGUCAUUGCUAUUGACGUUAAAGAUCCAUUAGCUCCAAAAUUAAACGACAUUGAAGACGUUGAAAAAUACUUCCCAGGUUUACUAAAGGCUACUAAUGAAUGGUUCAGAAUCUACAAGAUCCCAGAUGGUAAGCCAGAAAACCAAUUCGCCUUCUCUGGUGAAGCCAAGAACAAGAAGUAUGCCUUAGAUGUCAUCAGAGAAACUAAUGAAUCCUGGAAACAAUUGAUGGCUGGUAAGGCUGCUGAUUCCAAGGGUAUUGCUUUAACUAACACCACUUUGAAGGACUCUGCUUCCUUCUCUGCUGCUGCUGCUAAUGAAAUCCCAGCUGCUUCUCCACUGCCAGAUGCCCCAAUUGACAAAUCCAUCGAUAAGUGGUUCUUCAUCUCUGGUUCUGCUUAA